CCCGGCCCGCAGCGCGAACGCCACGCAGUCUUCCCGCGCUACUCGCACGUGCUGUAGCCUGCAUUCCACGUGAUACUAUAUAUUACCAACUUUAUCGAGAAACAACUGCCAUCAAGUGUUAAAUAACCGGACUUAAUUAGUGCAACCUGUGCUUUUAUGUGAUCAAUUACAUCAUUUUAUAGGGUGCUGUGUAAUGACUUCAGCGCUCUAUCAAUUAAAAUUGCUGGUAAUUGCAUUGCUCUUUUUACUUCCAAUACAUUAAUUAAGAUCUUACAUGGGACCGGAACGCAUUAUUAAUGUAUGGAAUUUAUGAAACCCUACGCUGGAUGGAAUUAGUGGCCGUAAUUGAAUUUUAAAUGAGACCAGACAAUCUUGAGUUGCCGCUGUCAGUCCCCCGUGACACUAAAUCUAGUGUGUACGCUAUGAAUGAUCAGACCUUUCAUACACCAUCUUUCGGAGACGAAGAAUUCGACAUUCCCUCCAUUCAUGGGCAACAUACGAACGGUGGCCAACCCCCUCACAUACAAUAUAGCCAAAUGCAUCAUGCAGCGCCACAGGUGGGAAUGAUGAACCCCGCCCAAGACGGCCUGGCGCCGCCGGGUGGUGCUCCAUCGUACCAACAACCUUUGUACUUGCAGGAGCCACACACACCAGUCACUUCACACAGUGGUGCUGGUGCCCCUGCAGGAAACUAUGUAAUUCAGCAGCAGCCAGGUGGACAACAGAGGCUACUAAUGAUGCAACCGUCACAAGUCUUGAAUGGCCCACCAACCCCUAACACUGGCACUCAGAACUCUGCCCCAGUCUACAGUUCUCCCCAGAGGGCCUCUCCGCCUGGAACCACUAGUGAUGACUCUGACGACAGUGUGCCUUCUCACCAUUCACAGUUGCCUGGUGAUGCGGAAAGCCUUCUGCCUAUCCAUUAUUGCUCAGCGAGCCGGCAGCAACAAACUACGCUUCAUCAGAUGGGUGCUGGCAACAUGGGUGUUAAAAGAUCAUCACCUGAACCAAUGGACAAUGGGAUGAAUCGUGGCCAGAUGCAAAAAAAACCUAAAGUACAAAAGAAAAAGAAAAAACGUGAUCCUAAUGAACCACAAAAACCAGUAUCAGCAUAUGCAUUGUUCUUCCGAGAUACCCAGGCUGCAAUAAAAAGCCAAAACCCUAACGCUAGUUUUGGAGAGGUCUCCAAAAUUGUGGCUUCCAUGUGGGAUGGCCUUGAUUCUGAACAUAAAAGUGUAUACAAACAAAAAACUGAAGUAGCCAAGAAAGAAUACCUGAAAGCACUUGCUGCCUACAGAGCUAGUUUAGUAUCAAAGGGAGGUGAACAGGAAAGUCCAGCCAUGUAUAAUCACGGUAAUAAUACCAACUCAACUUAUGGAAAUUACUACCAAGGGGUACAAGGACAGACAUAUGGGAAUGGACAUUCACCUCAGGGAUAUGCGCCAAAUGCAGCACCUCAAGGGUAUACCCCACAGAACUACCCUGGAGGACAGCCUCAGGCGGCUUAUGCUGGUCAGCCUGCACAGGGCUACCCACAAAACCCUCAACAGACUCCACAGAAUUACCAAGGCAACAUGGGACAUAACCCUGCUACAUACCAGGGUGUUCCAGGCCAAAGCCCCCAAGGUUACCAAGGCAAUCCAACAACACCACCACAAGCCUGUCCCCCCAAUGUUGCACAAUCACCUAGGAACUACCCGCCGGCCCAGUCUCCCUCCCACUACGCCCCUACCUCUGGCAUGGCAUCACCUCCGGGGUACAGACAAGUGUCCUCCCAAUCUCCACCUAUGGGACAAGUACACAAUGCCAUGCAAUACCAUCAUUCUCAGCAGCAAAUGCAGCAAUCUCACCAACAAAUGCAGUAUCAACAACAGCAACAACAGCAGCAGCAACAGCAACAACAGCAGCAGCAACAAAUUCAACAGCAGCAGCAAAUGCAACAGCAGCAGCAGCAGCAAAUCCAACAACAGCAGCUUCAACACCAACAAAUCCAACAACAAUCAGCACAACCCCAGCAGCAGCCCCAGACCCAAACUAUUAAAUCUGAACAAUCACAUUCUCCUAAUAGCAAUGGAAGCUCUGGCAUGCCUCAGCACUCUCCAGAGCAAAAUGAAAACCGAAGCACGCCAUCGUGCAUCCGUCAAGGUUGUACCAACCCGGCCAUAGCCAAUAGUGAAUGGGAGGAUGAAUAUUGCUCUAAUGAAUGUGUUGUCAGCCAUUGCAGGGACGUCUUCAGUUCAUGGGUGGCCUCUAAUAGCAACAACCAAAUGCAAAAUUUCUCAGCAGUAAAAUAAAGUAUGAAAUUGUACAUAUCAAUGUUAGGCAAACUAUGUCCACCCUAGGGGGUCACAAUGAAUCUUUUAGGAAUACAAAAAUAUGUUAGUUAAAUGAUCAAGGUAAAGCGUUAAAUAUUAUUUAUUGUCCUCUAUUCGUUGUUAAUACUAAACUGAAAAGAAAGAGCAUUCCAUGAGUCAUCAGGUGUCAUCAGUUCGCAGGAUUUGAGGUUGAAUUUUUAGUAUUUUCGUUUCACUAUUCAUUUGUGGCCACCUACUUUUUGUUACGGGUAUAAAUGAAGAUGACGAAAUGUACGAAUGACCGUCAAUCUUAAGCCCUAAUUUGCUUUAUGAAAGGUAGAUAAUACUUACUCAAGCUACAAAUUGCAAACAGCCAGAAUGUAUGGUAUUUCAUGUAUGUAUUAAACUAUUAUUGGGGUGAAUGAACUGUAAGUAAAAAGUAUUCUUGCACGGGUAGCAUGGUCGCGCGAUAGACGAUAAAAUAUCAGGCCGUCCCUAUCCCACUAUCAGUAAGUGCGAUAGGGACGGCCUGAUGUUUUAUCAUUUAUCGCGAGACCAUACUUGCCUGCUUGUACAUACUAGUAUAAACUGUCAGCGGUUUGAAAGAAAAGUGAUUUUACUUUUAAAAUAAUAGUAGGUCGUGUAUCAAAUUGUGUACAACAUCGCGAUAAUUCAGAGAUACGAUCCUACAAUUUGUCAGUUGUUUCUCAUUGUUGAUACUGUACAAAUGUUAACUAUUUGCAUUUAUGUUUUUUUGUUCUUUUUCUAUGUUUAAGCCGUUUAAAGUACAUUCCGCAAGUCACUUAUACAAUUACCAAGGCAACACAUUACACAUUGUUUCCAACACAUGGACAUUUAUAUCGUAAUACCAUUUUUAGUUCCAUAUUAUUGGCUUCUGUAACUAGAUACUGUCUUUACAACCAUCAAUAUUCACUACACGUAUUUAACUCGUAGUAAUUAAAAAGCGGAAAUCUCUAGUCGUGUAAAAAUAGCUCUAUCGAGACUAGAGUUAGUCCUCUUCAUUAUUUGUUGAGCCUACCACUACGUAAUUAUAUUGAUGAGCGUAGAGUAGGUUGAUGAUUAAGAUCGUACAAAAUUCAAGCAAUCUCUUAGUCGAAUUAUGUUCCUAUACAGUAAUAUAAAUACUAUCAAAAGUGAAUGUAUUAUAAAAUACAAUGUCGACGAGCCAAUGAAACAUUUGUACGCUUUCUGAUUU